GAGUAGUAUUAUUAAAUUUUAGGUUACACAACUGUUAUUAAACCAUUUUCUAUUUAAAAUAAAUGAUAAAUAAAUUUUGUUUGAGAUGGAGAAUAUUUAAAAUGCGUUUUCAUUUCGAGGUGUGCAUUGUUCUUUGUGCAACAUAGCUGAGAACUCAAGCCUUUUUUCAAAAAAAAAAAAAAACAUAGCUGAGAACUCUUAUACUUCCUAUGAUUUUUGUUGAGAUAUUGCUCCUCUCAUUUCCAGUAUUGGUGGUUGGGUUAAGUGCGCUUCAAAUGAAAGGCAAUUAACUCGUUGCGAUACCAAUUUAUUUCCUCCGUCGAACGAUUCAACUAUUUUGUAAACCUUUGGUAAAUCCUUAACGGGAAUUGGUAAGGGUUGUAUUAUUUUACUUUGUUUUAAUUCAUUUUUGCUAUAAACUGUUGUAUGUAUAAAAAAAUUUAGAUCCUUUUUAAAAAGAAAAUUUUUGAAGUAGGAUUAGGAUUAGGCCAAAAACUCUCCGAAAAGGUCUUUAUGCGUAGUCAACAAGUUAAUAGAUGGAACGAGUGAACUCGUACUUGUUUGACGUCUACGGUGAACCCAUGGAAUCCUUCAAAGUCAGCGACCAAAACAAAUCUACUUAAUCAAAUCUAAUUCAAUAUUUGUUGUCGUGACGGGCAGAUCUUAUUGAUCCACCAAUCAUAAUCGUCUAGUAGUAUUUUUUUUUUUUGGGUCAAAAAUCGUCUAGUAGUAUAACGACUUCUUUAUCUCGCUCUACACGGAAACAUGGAGCUCAAGUGAUCCAACAUUAUGACUAUCUUCAGGAGAGAUCUCAGCCAUAGGUUCGUUUUAUGUGUUUUAUUACCGCUUUUCAUUUUCCAAUUCCUGCCUAACGCAACCUGCCAGCAACAGUCAGAAUCCAAAGCCAGGGCGGAAUCAGUAAUUGGGAUCGUUUUGCUUUCUAUGUUCCUAUUAUGUAUAGUCGGUUGCUGCUUCUUCUACGCAUGCCAGAGUGCAGAGGUUGAGUCGGGAAGCCGUCAAGUGCUGCACACUAGAGCAAGGCAUGGGCUCGACAAGGACAUCAUCGAGUCCUUCCCAUUUUUCCUUUACUCAGAGAUUAAAGGGCUCAAGAUAGGCAAAGGCGGAGUGGAAUGUGCAAUUUGUCUAAACGAGUUUGAUGAUGAAGAAACGCUACGUUGGAUGCCUCCUUGUAGUCACACUUUCCAUGCUAGCUGCAUCGAUGUAUGGCUCUCUUCUUGGUCCACAUGUCCGGUCUGUCGUGUAAAUCUGUCUCUGAAACCUGGUGAGAGCUUUCCAUAUCCGAGCAUGGAUCUUGAAACGGGAAACGUACAGAGAGGUGUUCAAGAAUCCCCCGACGAUAUAAGCUUGACAGGUAACAACACUUCAAAUUAUACAACACCUCGAUCGAGAUCUACAGGGUUAUUGUCUAGCUGGCGUAUGGCUGAGAUGUUCGUCCCUAGAUCUCAUUCGACGGGACGUUCAGUGGUUCAAAUUGGCGAGAAUCUAGACCGAUUCACACUGCAGUUACCCGAUGAGGUGCAAAGACAAUUGGCUAGCUUGCAUCCGACAAGGAAAAGCCACAUGGCCUUACCUGAAGCCAGGAGUUCGAGACAGGGCUACAGGAGCGGCAGCGUUGGAAGCGAGAGUAGCAGUUUCUCUCAGGGACGACAAACAUUUCGGCGGGCCCUAUCUAUGUCAUUCUCUUCUGGUAGGUCCACACUUGGCAAGCACGUCCGAGAGACUUCCCAAACGAAGGACAAAGAUUCUGGUGAACGGUCGUUUGAACGCCUCAUGCCAGAGAAGGUCUAACAGAUAAUCUAUCUACUUUUUUUUUCUUCAAUGGAUAAAACUAAGUCACAAGUCUGAUGAUUAUGGUUGAUAUCAUCCAUGCGUGCCACAGAUUGGUUUAACCAUAAACUGGUUCUAGUACUUUAUAAGAGUCUGUAAACAUAGUUAGCACAAAUGGAAUUGGAUUAGCACCGUUCGAAGAUCUUGUACAGCUUUUCAAGGGAUGCUACCUGCAAAAGAGUUAAAAAAAAACAAUGUGCUUAAUGUC